GCGGGCUAAUGACGUCACAGGAGGUGUGAGAAGCAGCCGCAGCAUUUGCUUCCUGUGUCGCUGCACGUGGACGUGCCCUGUUGUUUUGCACUUCCGUUUCCGCUUGUGGAUCACUUGCCGUUCUUGACGCCACAUAGUCCGCGGGAUCUUACAAGGAGAGCCGGGGAGCAUUGUAUUCGAACCGUCAGAUAGUAAUUACACAGCGCUGUGUGAGCCCUGAGUGUCUCCUGUAGAUAAAGACCUGGUGAUUCCAGCUCAGUCGCCAGAUACACGCAGCUGCGUUGAGAAAAAUUAGGAUGGAAGAUGUACCAGCCCUAGAUGUGACUGCACUAACACCAUUUUAUUGCAAUCUUUGUAAAAUUAUCUGCGCGUCUGCAACCAAUCUUCAAAGUCAUUUUAUUGGUCGGAAGCAUAAGGAGGCCGAGGAGCUACUCCAAACUGAAGAUGAUAGUAAUGAACAGACUCCAACAAAGCCUGCUGAAUCCUUAGAGGAUCAAUUAAAUGCAUGUAAAGACACUGAGCCUGCAGUAGGUCUUCAGUACAUUUAUGAGUUUCAAAAAGGUGACUUUAGCAUAUUUGCGUGCACUCUAUGCGACACUGAAAGGCUACCACUAGCACACAUAUUCUUGCAUAUUGUUGGAGCUAAACACAGAAUUAAUUACUUGAGUAAACAUCAUCCUACAUUGGGUAUAUCAAGCGAUUUUAAAGUGAAAGGUCCAAAAGGUCCAAGAAGGCUAAAAAGAUUAAAGCAAACCUGCAUGGCAGUUGAUAAGAACUCUGGAAGAAGAAAAAUAACAGUUGUGAAUGGACCAUGCAUGCCCUUGGAUUUUGGAAAUGAAACCGGCCCUCCUCCUAGUAUAAAUUACGGACCAGACAGCAAUCUGCAGAAAAUAGACUUCACCAAUGAGGAUUUAAUUGGAACAGAUGGCAAACCCAAAGACUCGGAACGUUUUUUAACUUACCUAGAAAUAAAGGCAGCCAAGGCAGAUCUGAUGAUGAUAGGACCUUGUCGUGGACCUCGUUUUCCGGAAACUCUGGACACCAUGGUAGAAGAAGACCAGAACAAUAAAGAAAUACCUGGAGAUGGUGGGAAAGAGGAAAAUAAUGGCAAAAACAAAGAAGUGUGCAGCAUGGAACUUGCUUAUCGUGACCCUGAGGAAUUUACAAACAUCAAGGAGAUUAUUGAUUUCAUGGGUAGUAUUAAGAUUCGUAAACAAGAUGAUGUUUCAUUUCUUUUGAAAGCGAUUGAGAAAAUGGCAAAUGCUUUAGUCCGAUACCAGAAAUGCUGUGAAGAAAUGGAGGAAAAGAAUGUAUCUAAUUCUGCAUUUAUUGAUGAUGUCGAAGCUGUUGAUGAUGUCGAAGCUGUUGAUGAUGUCGAAGCUGUUGAUGAUGUCGAAGCUGUUGAUGAUGUCGAAGCUGUUGAUGAUGUCGAAGCUGUUGAUGAUGUCGAAGCUGUUGAUGAUGUCGAAGCUGUUGAUGAUGUCGAAGCUGUUGAUGAUGUCGAAGCUGUUGAUGUUGUCGAAGCUGUUGAUGUUGUCGAAGCUGUUGACUAUGUCGAAGCUGUUGACUAUGUCGAAGCUGUUGACUAUGUCGAUGAUGUCCAAGCUGUCGAUGAUGUCCAAGCUGUCGAUGAUGUCCAAGCUGUCGAUGUCCAAGCUGUCGAUGAUGUCCAAGCUGUCGAUGAUGUCCAAGCUGUCGAUGAUGUCCAAGCUGUCGAUGAUGUCCAAGCUGUCGAUGAUGUCCAAGCUGUCGAUGAUGUCCAAGCUGUCGAUGAUGUCCAAGCUGUCGAUGAUGUCCAAGCUGUCGAUGAUGUCCAAGCUGUCGAUGAUGUCCAAGCUGUCGAUGAUGUCCAAGCUGUCGAUGAUGUCCAAGCUCUCGAUGAUGUCCAAGCUCUCGAUGAUGUCCAAGCUGUCGAUGAUGUCCAAGCUGUCGAUGAUGAAGAAGAAAUGCAUAUGAACAUGGAUGAAUUGCCUUCACUGCGGCACACCUAUGCAGAUCAAGAAACCACAACUUACUGCCAGAUACAGGUUCCAGACUCAACCACUCAAUCAACUUACUUCCCAACACACGCCACAGACAAGAUACAUCCAGUUCCUGAGAGGAGAAGCACAAAACCGUUAUUUCCAGCAGAACAGUUGAAUAAAAUGGGAUCCCUCAUUGCAAAAAAACAGCUGGUGCCUAGUGGUACACCAUCACAUAUUCCCCAAGAGUCUCCCAAGGACUACAACCAAAAUCAGAAGUUCCCUGGGUCCUCCUGGUUUGGUAACAAAGGCCAUAAUUCUGGAUCACAUGCUACUUCUUUGUCAGCAUCAACAAAACCUCUAGAGUCUCCCAAGAACUACAACCAAAAUCAGAAGUUCCCUGGGUCCUCCUGGUUUGGUGACAAAGGCCAUAAUUCCGGAUCACAUGCUACUUCUUUGUCAGCAUCAACAAAACCUCUAGAUUCUGCAUCACAGCAACCAAUUCAGCAGAAUCGCGACAACAGGUUCGAGGAGAGAAGAGCGUUUAAUAAUCCCAGACCUUUAUUUAGCUCUGCUAUAAGACAGCCUCAAGAUUCUGCAUCACAGCAACCAAUUCAGCAGAAUCGCGACAACAGGUUUGAGGACAGAAGACCGUUUAAUAAACCCAGACCUUUAUUUAGCUCUGCUAUUAACCAGCCUCAAGAUUCUGCAUCACAGCAACCAAUUCAGCAGAAUCGCGACAACAGGUUUGAGGACAGAAGAGCAUUUAAUAAUCCCAGACCUUUAUUUAGCUCUGCUAUAAACCAGCCUCAAGAUUCUGCAUCACAGCAACCAAUUCAGCAGAAUCGCGACAACAGGUUUGAGGACAGAAGAACGUUUAAUAAACCCAGACCUUUAUUUAGCUCUGCUAUAAACCAGCCUCAAGCUUCUGCAUCACAACAACCAAUUCAGCAGAAUCGCGACAACAAGUUUGAGGACAGAAGAGCGUUUAAUAAUCCCAGACCUUUAUUUAGCUCUGCUAUAAGACAGCCUCAAGAGCUUAAGCAACAGAGUUUUUCAUCUCUCAAGGUAAACAGAGGUGCUCCCACCACACAACCAAGGUAUCCUUUUCCGAGUGGACAGUCACAACACAUGUCUCAACACCAGCAGUCCAAUGUCGUGGCACAGCCUAAAAGAACUGGUUCUGCCCCUCCCAGAGUUCCAUUUCCACAUAUGCUGAUAAAUCAAACUGCAUCAAGAGCUGUACAACCGAGAUUGCCUGUGGCACAGGAUGAGAUUACUUCUCAAUUCUUUGAAAGCAUCAAGACCAUGGAUGUUUCAGAAGUAGUUUCAACACUGAACAAAAUAACUACUACAAACCCAGCUUUUAAAGGAGUUAACGUUCCAAGCCUUGUGCAGCAUUUAACAGAAACAGGGAAGCUGAAGUCAUCCAGUACCACACAGUUCAAGCAAUGAGUGGCAUGCAGCAAUAUAUGCAGUGGGUGACAUGCAGAAGAAACAAUUUCACCAUUUUCUAUAGUCCUAAAUAAAGGAGUAAACACAGAAGUUGUUAGUACUUAAGAGUUAAUGGACCUUUUGUUAAAGAACCCUGCAAUGGAUAGCAUAAGGGGAGCAAAUAGGGGGAUUUAUUUGAAGCAUCACUAAAAUGUCUGUGUAAUGUAUCAAUGGAGACUGACAGUGUUACAGGAGGGACCGACCAACGCACAAAUACUUUACAGAGCUGUCCAAUGAACUUGCACUCCAGUAAUGAUCAUAAACCUAAAUUUCUCACUCCCAUCUAUGGGGAAAUAUUUUUUUUUUUUUUAUAACUUGUAUUGUUAUCUCAUGAUGCUGAGACAAGGGAAGACUUUUAUCCUAAUGUUUGAGGAAAUAUGCAAAGAUCAUUGUGUAUAUCAAGAAAGUUAUCAGAAAUAAUGCGUAAGUGCUGAUAUACUGUACCAUAUGCUGUGACACCAGAAUUACAUCACCAUACCAUUAUAUUAUAUCCAUUAGCGCCACAUUUACAGAUAUUUGGCUGCUGGGUAAAGCUGUGUUAUCUAGAGGUAGUUUAAACUCCAGGAAUUAUUUGCUACAUUUUGGCUACAAAAUGUUUAGUAAUUGUAUGCUAUCACUAUAAUUAGUGCAAACGAUCCAUUCCUUCCCCUAACCCUAGUGUUGGUCCUAAAUUCACAGAUCUCGUGUUGUUACAAGUACAAUAAAAAAAAUAAUUCAG